AUGGGGGCUGCAAAGAAGCAUACCUCGUCUCACUCGAGUGCCUACAAUAGACUGGUGACGGUGGCGGUCGCCUUUGGUUCUAUGACGUAUGGCUACUGUUCCGCCAUCAUCGGGAGCACCAUUGGGCAACCGGGAUGGUAUCAGUUCUUCGACCUGCCCAUGCAGGGAGAACCAGGGUAUGGUGGGAAGACCACCGAUGCAAUUGCCACAGCGAACGGUCUAUACAGUGCAGGCGGAGCGGUCGGAUCCCUCUUCAUUGCUUGGUCGGCGACUGCAAUUGGGCGUAAACGAAGCAUUCAAUUGGGAGCCCUCUUGGCCAUCAUCGGCGGCGCAUUCCAAGGUGGUGCAGCAGCACUUGCCAUGUUCCACGUGGGCCGAGUCAUCUCAGGUUUAGGGAUUGGCAUUCUCGUCACUGCUUGUCCCAUGUAUCUGUCCGAGUUAGCUCCUCCGCAAAAUCGUGGCUGGUUAGUCGGUCAUCAUGCGAUAUUCUUGGUGUUUGGAUACAUGCUGUCCGGGUGGCUGGGAUAUGCAUGUUAUUUCGCGACAGACAAAAACCCAUCCUUUGCCUGGAGGUUUCCCCUCUGUGUCCAGACACUGCCACCGCUGGUUUUAGCGGUAACCUCGAUCUGGAUCCCCAAGUCACCGAGAUGGCUCCUCCAAAAGGGGAGGACUGAAGAGGCCUGGACCGUGAUCCGGGCCCUGCGUCGCUCUCCCGACGACCCAGACGAUCUUGUUGCGAAGGAGGAACUGUACCAGACCAAGGAACAAAUUGCACUUGAUUCCGCCAAACUCAAAGCCGUGGGUUAUGGGCCGUGGAUGGCCUGUAUCAAGAAGAAGAGUUACCGCAAGAGAAUGAUCAUUGGUUUCUUGACGCAGUGGGGAGCCGAGUUUGCUGGUCCGCUUGUCAUUAACAACUAUAUGGUCAUUCUAUACACGAAUCUCGGGCAGACAGGAUCCAUGCCUCUGCUUCUAUCGGCCGUCUGGCUCACCACAGCCGGUGUCAUCUACAACCCGACCGGCGCGUGGCUCCACGACAAAGUCAACUCCCGGCGCUUCAUGUACAUGUUCGGCACGGCGGGGUGCCUGGUGACGACGUCGAUCCUGUGCGCGCUGCUCGCGACGUACGCGGGAACGACAGACAAGGGCGGCAACGCGGGCGGCGUGUUCAUCGUGUUCCUGUACCUGACCUUCCAGGGCACCUUCUGCGACACGACCAUGUACCUGUACGUGAGCGAGAUCUUCCCGACCGAGAUCCGCCCCAUCGGCAUGGGCUUCUCGCUGUUCGGCCAGUUCGCCGCCACCAUCAUCCUGCUGCAGACCGCGCCCAUCGGUUUCGUCACCGUCGGCUGGAAGUACUACCUGGUCAUCGUGUGCUGGUGCGCCGUCUACCUGCCCAUGAUCUACUUCUUCUGGCCCGAGACCGCCCGCCUCUCGCUCGAGGAGAUCUCCAAGCAGUUUGGGGAUGACGUCGCCGUCCACGUCAACGACAUCAGCGACGAGCAGCGCCGCCAGCUCGACGAGUUCCUCAAGUCCAAGGAUCUGGUCCACUCGUCGUCGUCGCCCGCCACCGCAGCUGACGAUUCAGGCUCCCCGGCAACCGAAAUCAAGGAGGAGGCCAGCGAGAAAGUCUAG